GGAAAUAAAUUCGGCCUUUCACGCGAGAGGGCGCAUGUGUUGCUAGACAACAUACAACAAAAUGGCCGCUAUUUAGCUACAAAUUACCUUUUCGAUGAUGUAGUUAUUAUUUUUGUUUUCUGACAUUACUAUAACAUAGUGAAAAUGCCGGAUCUUCCACCAAUAGAUGACGAUGGUGAUGGCAAAUUCAGAGCCAAGAACAAGAAGAAAAUUGAUGCAGCUGACUUGAAAAAAUUGGCACCUCAACAAAGAAGUAGAUAUUUAGCUUAUGAAGAUCCACCAAAAAAGGCAUCAGAGGGUAUGGCAUAUUCUAAGAAGAUGUUGACGGAUAAGAAAAAGCAAUAUCAAAGAGAUCAUGCAUCAACCCCAGAAGAAGAUAUAUCAGAGAGAGAUAAACAUGCUAAACUUAUUGGACAACUCAAAGCUGCAGAGGCUAGAAACAGAUUAAGAAUAAUGAGAUUAAGGUACCAAGCUAACAGAGCACAAGAAAUCAGUCACUUGAUAUCUUGCCAGCCCACAGCUCUAAAAGCUGUCCGUUUACAAGCCUUAGUACCAGCAUAUCCAGACCGAGGAGAUAGAAGAGACAGACUCAUGCCUUUAGAUAGAUUGAAUGCUUUUGAUGAAGCUAGACGGCGAGAAAGAAUUGAAUGCUUAUUGGAAGAUGAGAAAGGACUAUUAACAAACAGAAUUCACUAGUGAAAAAGAAAUGUACUCAGCAUCACAUAUCACUGAAAAACAAUCAUGAUUCUACAUGUGAAUAUUCUGCCAUAAUUGGUACUAUACUGCCCAUCAUUGUUAUUGAACACCUGAUGUAUAAUGUAAAACAUUUAGCAUGUAAAGUAGUAGGACAGUGUUACUCCAAUAGUCUGGUAUAGAUUUAUACAACUUAUGGUUGAAUAUAUUGACAAAGGUUUUAUAUGUAUACUAUAGUUCAUAAAAUUGAUAAUAAUUUACAUAUAUAACACUAUUAGUUCUUUGUAAAGAUGGAUGAAAUAUCAGUAUGUCAUUUAGAGUCUUGUGAGAUGAGACUUUGUGCUAUAAUACAGUUCUAAAAAUCAUGAAUGGAAUGGAUAUAUUGAAGGAAACUUGUAUAAGAAAUUCAUUAUUAAUACUAAGCUGUUGACUGUGAUACAAUUUAUGUUAUUGUUUAUGUAUUUUCUCUACUUAAAUAACAGGGUAUAGAUAGUCCUGUCUGUGAAUGGGUACAUUGCAUUUUAUAGAACUUUGUAUCAGUAUUUAUGUCUCAAGAAUUAUUGACUGCUUAUUUAUAUAUUUCUGUAAUAAAAGAAAGAAGUUUUUUUUUUAAUUUUGGCAUUUGUUAUUUAGAAUAUAUAUGUCAAAUAACUAAUAUGCUGACCUUGACAUAAACAAAUAAUUACUUCUUUAUGAGUAAAAUGUCUUCAAACAGUCAUCAUUCAUAGAGGAUUACAAACGAAUUUAGUGCGAAGUCCAAUAUUUAGGUUAUCAACCUCCCAGAUGCAUGACAGUUAUGAUACCUAGUGCAAAUGUAUACAAACGUCUGGUAGGUCGGAUCACCAAAUUUAUUCUCUAUGUUUAUUUUAUCUCCCACUAAGCACUAUAGAAGAAAAGAUCAAUAGAAUAUGAUUCUUGUAACAGGCAAAAUCCCUAAAGAUGUAUCGGAGCAAUUUAUAAAAUUCCAAUGUCAAAAAAUGAAAAUAAUAGUAUGAAAAGUCAUAGCAUUGGAGAUUUUUUUUAUGUAUUAAAGUGUCUUGAAGUUAAGAAAUUCAGCUCCUAUGGGAUAUUAAGAAAUUGGAAGUCUGACACUAGUCAAGUUUAAUAAUUGUACUACAAUGUAUUAGAGAUGUAAAUAUUCAGUAAAUGUAUAUUAUUUAUUGAUAGAAUUGAUGCUUUAUAUACCAAAUUGUUAUGUAAAUACCGUAUAGUCAUAUGUUUUGUCAUCUGUUCAUAGAUAACUUUGUAUAUAUGAUCUUUUUUUAUUUUACUUAAUAUAAAGUAAUUUUAAAGAUACAUGUAUAUUCAUAAUUUUUAAUAGACUUUUUGAAUUUCAGUCUUUUCUGAGUUAGUAAACUGUUAAAAAAAAUAACUGUCCAUUAUUGUGUUAAUUAAAUGCUUAUUUUAAGGGCCUUGUAAUUAUCAGUUACUAACAUUUUUCAUGGAAAAAAUGCAAUGGUGUACUUUUCCCCCCAUUUUACAAUAUGCAGUAGAAUGUGUGCUUAUUAAUAAUGAAAUAUAAAAAAAAACUGACUUUGAAUGUAUGAGGAUAGACUUAUUGAUAAGUGGGAAAGUGUAUGUAAGUACAAACUUUUAUAGAUGUCUGAACAGUUAAUUUUUAUUUUUAUCUAAAUAGCAUUUACCCUGGUAAUUAUUUUGGCUGACAAUUAUAGUCAAUGUUACUUCAUUAAAUGUAUUUAAAUUCUACAAUGGAAUCAACAAACCUUUUAAAAUAAAAGAUUUCUAACAAAUUCUCAUAAUUUUUCCAUUUAUGCAAUAGAAGCAAUAGUUGCAAAAGUGAGACAUUUGAAAAAAAUAGUGACAAGCUCCUUUUAAUAACAUGACCAGAUUCCAAACUUUAACAUACAAAUGAAGUUUAUUUUUCUGCAUGAAAUCUUCUUUCAUAGUCAGAAUAAUUUAUAGAAUUCUAAAAUAAAGGUAAUGGUGAUUAUAAAAUAAAAUUUUAUUGAUCCCAGAUGCAAUAAUACAGAAUCUAAUAUAUGGGCUUGUGCAACUGCAGGCCAAGUGCAGAUAAUUGUACAUAGAAUAUUAGACCCACAAUAUAGCUGCAACAUAUAGCAUAGAAUUAUACUGCUUUUUAUACCACAAUAAACACUGAUAUACAACCAUCAA